GCAAACGGAGGGGUGUGGGAGGCGAGCGCCCAUCGCGGUCUCCUCCGCCGAAGCGUCGGGCGGAAGGCCCGCAAGUGAAGAGGAGCGCCCAUGAAGAGCUGAGGCCUUGGCCGGAGCGUAGCCGCUGAGGUGCCUGCGGGGAGAAGCGGAGAGCGUUGCCAAGGCAGCUCCCGCCAAGGUCCUCCCUCUCGGGCGACCGGGUGAGUGGCAGCAGGCAGGGCGGAAGGCUCCCUCGAGAUGCGCCGGUCCGGCAGAACACGCCAAGAAGCUCGUGGGAAAGGUGCCUUGUUUCAUUAUGUGUGCGUCAGUCAAAUAUAACACUCGGGGUCCAGCCCUCAUCCCAAGAAUGAAGACCAAACACCGCAUCUACUACAUUGCUCUCUUUUCCAUUGUGUUGCUGGGCCUGAUUGCCACAGGCAUGUUCCAGUUCUGGCCACAUUCCAUAGAGUCUUCAAAUGAAUGGACAGUUGAAAAGCGCAGCAUUCAUGAUGUACCUGUAGUUAAGAUACCUGCAGACAGUGCCAUCCCAGAACGUGGAGACCUCAGCUGCAGGAUGCACACAUGUUUUGAUGUUUACCGCUGUGGCUUCAACCCCAAAAAUAAGAUCAAAGUCUAUAUUUACUCUCUAAAAAAGUAUGUGGAUGAAUACGGCAUGCCGGUCAGUCAUACGAUUUCCAAGGAAUACAAUGAACUGUUAACUGCUAUCUCUGACAGUGACUUCUACACGGAUGAUGUCAACCGUGCCUGUCUCUUUGUGCCAUCUAUUGAUGUGCUGAACCAGAACACGCUCCGUAUCAAGGAAACGGCUCAGGCUUUGGCGCAGCUAUCCCGUUGGGAUCGAGGGACAAAUCACCUCUUGUUCAACAUGUUGCCUGGAGGACCACCUGACUACAACACAGCGUUGGAUGUUCCAAGGGACAGAGCUCUGUUGGCAGGAGGCGGCUUUUCUACGUGGACCUACCGGCAAGGCUAUGACGUCAGUAUUCCUGUUUACAGUCCGCUGUCUGCAGAGGUGCAGCUGCCAAGUAAAGGACUGGGUCCCCGCAGGUACUUUCUCCUAUCUUCUCAAAUGGCUCUUCAUCCUGAAUACCGUUCUGAACUGGAGGCUCUUCAAGCUGAAAAUACAGAAUCUGUGCUGAUCCUGGACAAGUGUACCAACCUCUCAGAGGGAGUCCCUUUCACUCGUAAACGUUGCCACAAGAAUCAGAUCUUGGAUUAUCCUCAGGUGCUUCAGGAAGCCACAUUCUGUGUGGUUCUGCGAGGAGCCCGCUUGGGACAAGCUGUACUGAGUGAUGUACUUCAGGCUGGUUGCAUCCCUGUUGUCAUAGCCGAUUCCUGUAUUCUGCCUUUCUCUGAAGUUCUGGAUUGGAAGAGGGCUUCUGUGGUGAUACCUGAAGAAAAGAUGUCUGAAAUGUACAACAUUCUGCAAAGCAUACCCCAGCGACAGAUUGAGGAGAUGCAGAGACAGGCAAGGUGGUUCUGGGAAGCUUAUUUUCAAUCAAUGAAGGCUAUUGCUUUGGCAACUCUCAAGAUCAUCAAUGACAGGAUCUACCCAUAUGCUGCCACAUCGUAUGAAGAAUGGAAUGAUCCCCCAGCAAUUAAAUGGAGCAGUGUGAGCAAUCCACUCUUUCUCCCGUUGAUCCCACCUCAGUCACAAGGCUUCACCGCAAUUGUCUUGACCUAUGAUCGGGUGGAGAGUCUUUUUAGAGUCAUCACUGAAGUCUCAAAGGUGCCAAGCCUUUCCAAGUUGUUAGUCGUUUGGAACAACCAGAAUAAAAUUCCACCAGAAGAAACUGUUUGGCCCAAAGUUCGAGUUCCAUUAAAGGUUGUACGAACCACAGAAAACAAACUGAGUAACCGCUUCUUCCCUUACGAUGAGAUUGAAACGGAAGCGGUAUUGGCCAUUGAUGAUGAUAUAAUCAUGCUGACAUCAGAUGAGCUGCAGUUUGGGUACGAGGUAUGGAGAGAGUUCCCUGACAGGUUGGUUGGAUAUCCAGGUCGCCUGCAUUUGUGGGACCAUGAAACAAAUAAGUGGAAGUAUGAGUCAGAGUGGACCAAUGAAGUUUCAAUGGUGCUCACAGGGGCAGCAUUUUACCACAAGUAUUUUAACUACUUGUACACUUACAAAAUGCCUGGGGACAUCAAGAACUGGGUGGAUGCUCACAUGAAUUGUGAAGACAUUGCCAUGAAUUUUCUAGUGGCCAAUGUUACCGGGAAAGCAGUUAUUAAGGUGACCCCCAGAAAGAAAUUCAAGUGUCCAGAAUGCACAGCCAUUGAUGGGCUAUCGCUAGACCAGACACACAUGGUGGAAAGGUCUGAAUGCAUUAACAAGUUUGCCUCCGUCUUUGGGACUAUGCCUCUGAAAGUGGUGGAGCACCGGGCAGAUCCAGUCUUGUACAAAGAUGACUUCCCUGAAAAACUGAAGAGCUUUCCUAACAUUGGAAGCUUGUAAAGAAUAACCACAAGGCAAACUGAGUAUUGGAAUCCAAUACAGAAACAGCUGUUGGUGCUAAGAAAAGAAUCCAGUCUUGGAGAAAUGUGCCAGGGUUUAUUACGGAGAGAGGGGUCAGAGACUAAUGUUCCAGUGCUGGUAUAAUUCGUGCUUCUUACACAGAGCACAAGACUCUUGAUGGAGGGCAAAGCAGUGCUGUGAUUGUACUGAAAUGCCAGAUAAAUAUUUAUUUGUUCCAUACAAAUUACAUGCAAACAAAGAGAAGCACACAAUAUAGAAUCCUUGCCUCACACACAACAGGAUUUCCCUCCUCUCUCUUAGGGCUACUGGUUGUCAUUUAAAUUUCGUGGAACACAUUUCUGGCCCCCUUGCAAGCCACAUUCCCUGUUUACUGCACAAAAUUCCACCUAUGUGUAAGGCUAGCCUUUUUGCUCAGUGAGAUUAGAAAAGAAAAUUGCCAUGACAUUGGGUUCAUCUGUAUUACAAGAAAAAUAUAUCCAUUGGAGAAGAAUAAAGUGGCAACCACUCUUUUUUUCACAUAGAUAUACCUGUUCAUAGAUGGACACAUUUCAUGUUUUCCAUCACAUUCAUAUAAGAGAAGAUGUAUGGUUGACCACCUUCAUACCAACACAUUUUAAGUAUGUGCAAUGAAUAUUUCAAUCUUGGGAUGUUUUUGAUACCCCCUUUACCAUGCUGGAAACAGUUCAGCUGCACAUGGUCAUAAACUAGCACAACAUCUUAAAAAUGACAGUUUGUACUUUGGAGCUAUUGUGUUCAGAUUCCAAAAUAUGUUUCCGGAGGGAGUUGGAUUGUAUAUGUGUGUAGUACAUUGAUACUGAAUGGAAAUCAAUGAUUUCUAUCCAGUUUAUCUUCUGAGAGUUACCAAAGGUUGGUGAUUACAACUCACUGCCACAAAAUAAUUAAAAUCCAUUAAGUAAUCAAUUUAUGCUAAAGUAAACAUGAAAGUUUGAAGAACAUGUGCCAGGAAAUUAUGAGGGCACAGGUCCCUUAGAUUUCAAGAUUCACUGUCCCAUGUCACACUGUAGAAAAUAGUUUACCAUGAAUUGAAAACAGCACAUGUAAAAUAGUUCAUGUGAUGCACCAGUAUGAACUGGUUUGAGAUAUGAACAUGCAAGCUUUUGAAUUAAACAGAACUCUUCACUAGAAGUGAAUUGGAGUAAACAUGGACAUAUUUAUUUUGCUUUGCUUUCCCUUGGACCAGCACAGCAGCAGCUGUGUAAUACCAGAACUAGAAAUAAUUAACAUUUGUUUCUCUAUAUUUUAUUUCUCUAUAUUUUAAGUUGGCCUGAAUAAAAAUAAUCUCUUGAUAAAUAGGCUGAUGCACAUCUAGAAGAUGAAAGAGUUUUCCUCUUUGCACCAGCAUUGUAAUGUUUCAGUUACAUGAAUUGUAGGAAAUCUCUUUGAGGCCUAUUCAACUUCCAGAACAUGUUAUUCAGUCAACAAUGUCUGCUCAUGUGUUUUGUCCAGUUUCAAACUGCAUGGUGCAUGAGAGAAAUCUUCAGCCUCCUCCUCUGAGGCUGAAUUGAUAAAAGAAAGAUAUAUGCCCACUCUUUGACUGGAGCAUCCUGGUAAAAAUGUUAUUGCUGCCUAUCAAGGUGAUGCUGAACACUAGCUACAAGGGAACAUUACAAAUUAUAACUCUCAGGGAAUUGUUUAUAAAGUAGGCUGUCUCAUUCAGUAAGGAAGAUUUUUUAAAGUACGUAUUUUUCCCUAAACUUUUUGCAGAUUACAUUCUCUGCUAUGUUCUUGACUGGAAACUUUUAUCAGGUGGUGUAGAAGUCUCAAUAAAUUACAUAACAUCUGGGGCUUUGUUUUGAGUUACACAGAACUCUUCACCAGAGGCUGAUUUGAAUAAAACAUCUCACCCUAACUAAGGCUGCCCCUGGAAAGGGUGGGCUCCAUUCUCUGGGCUCCAUUCUCUGGGCUCCAUUCUUGCCAGUGGAUUCAGUGACAAACUGCAGUGGGAGGUACUGUCAGAUGGAGGCCAUCAUCACCCUGGUAUGGAAUGUUAUUUUUCUGUCAAUGAAAGCUUGAGCUGAUCAAUCUAACUGCUUGUUUAAUGUAAGUUAAACAAUAGAUGAUCAACACCAAUCCUAUGGUUUUAUAAAUGUUUAUAUUCUCUCAGCUGACUCCAGUGUUUGCAUCCCUGCUAUGCAUCAGACUGUAGUUAGUUACCUUGAUGAGUUAUCUCGUCCUCAUCCCUUGUUUCUUUGAGCUCAACACUGCUCAGCUGAUAGUUUUACCUCUUCAUCUUCUAAGUUCUUGGGCCUUUGCUCUCUUUGUGUCUGUUUUCCAAUGUCAGCUACAACAACAACUUCCUCCCCACUGUUGAUUGUGCAAUUUAGUGCUAAGCUGGUAGUACAAAAAGCAGGAAGCAGUACCGCAGCAAAGGGACAAUGCUGUGUCAGAUUUUGUGCAGUUUCCUCAUAGCCCAUUGCUUUUGAAAGUGCCCCUACAUUUCCCCCUCCAAACUUCUGUCUGCUGUUUGGACUAGCAUGGAUCAGCAUAGUCAUUGGAGUAAACCCAUACAGUUUGGAAGUGUUCAAUGUGCAGAAUCAGUGUGCCUUGAACUGAAGAAUUCUUUUGUUUCCAGAAGGGUGGUUAUGCCAGUACAAUAUUACACAAAACUUGCCCUUCAUCUGGAAUUUAGCACAUUAGUGUAUACUUCCCUAAAGACAAUAUAUGCAUAACUGGAUAUGUAGUUGUAACAGCAGCUGCUAGUUUCUUAACUUGAGGAAGAACUACUAGAUUUUCAAUAAGUGGAAUUCUAACUGGCAAAUGGAAUCUGGUGACUUAGCACCAUUUUGCACAUGACAUUUUUAGAGGUGUUCAUCUAGGAUACUUUAAGUGUGCAUAAAAUGUGUAAAAUGUGAAUGCAGUAAACAUGUUUGCACACUUGCCAGGGAGAUGUAGUUGGGCACAGAAAGUAUUUGUCUUGCCCCUGUGUACUGUGAAAACAAUGAGAAGAAGUCUGAAGUAUCCAGUUGUACUCACCUAGAUUCCAGAAGCAUUAAAUGAACAACACACUCUGUGGUCUUUGCUAAGAUGAUGAAACCUCAGUGAAUGUCCCAUUUUAAAAAGAAAGUCUUCAAACAGUAAAAUGUGAUACAUGCAUCGUCCUAAAACAUUUCACAGCUGCUUUUAUACAGUAAACAUUUGUUUUUAACUGUCUAUUACCAUUCUGUAAUGUAAACAUUGUCCAGGGACCACAUUUCCCAAUGUGUGCGUGUAAAUUCAUUUUCUUUUUAAAAAUAAAUGUAACAUUUAUAAAAGCAA